AUGUCGUACAGUGCUCGACAAGCCAGUCCAUUGCAAGCAUCAUGUGGAGACCGCUUUCAUCAGCCAUGCUUCAAGUCUCUAUUUAAUCGAGAUGAGAAAGCUUGUGUGGCUAGCUCUGGGGAGAAUGUGAAAAAUCCAAUAUGCCCAACUUGUGAGGAAGAACUAGACAAAGGAAUAUUCUACAGAGAUGUGUUUGCUGACAAGGAACUGAUGGAACUGGAAGUCUUUUGUUGUAUGAAACCUGCUGGUUGUGACUGGAGUGGUGAACACAGAUUGCUAGAAAAACACAUUGAUACUUGCUCAUACACACUGUGGGCUUGUUCCAAUCCUGGUUGUUCAGCUAAAGUUACCAAAUCUGAAUUACAACAACAUGUUGACAGUUUUUGUGACUUUCGUUUUGUCAACUGUCCAUACUGCAAUGAGUCAAUGACAGCUAAGGAGCUAACUGAUCUUAUAUCAUCAUAUUUGAAAGCACCUGUAAUCUGUCCAAAUGAAUGUGAAGAUGGAAAAACAAUGAAUCGAGAAAAUGUUGUGAAAGAUUUCGACUGCAAAACAGACGACAAGAUCAAAGACCAAAUUCAGAGUCUCGAGAAGGCAGCAGUACAUGGCUCAAUGAGCAGCGACAGUGAGCAGAAACUGUCGGCACUAGAAGAUCAGUUGAGAGAGUUGGAAUCUCGUCAAACUUUUAUGCAGCAGAAGACAAUUGCAGCGUGUUACAAGUCAGUCAAUAACAUUCAGAAACAGUUCAAGACGAAAGUUGAUUUAUUGGAUCAGCACAUGAGACUGAUGACAGAGAAAUGCAUUAAAUUUGAAGAAACCAUUUCUAUGCAGGAUGUCAGGAUGAAGCAACUGGAAAGCGAAUUAUCUCAAUGCACACUCAACUGUGGAACGAAUGUGGGUCUGCAGCAGCAGCUAGUUUACGGCUCUAGAUCAAGUGCUGGCGAGUCAUGA